AUGAUCCCGCAAGUAAAGGUGAAGGUCGAGCUCGACGAGGUGGAUGUUGAUGAUGUUGACCAACAACAACACGGCCCAGUCUUCAUUGGAACUAAGACCUACGAGCUGCAACAGAUGAUCACACAGCCCGGAAUGAUCGGUGGCUCUAGAAGUACUUCCUCGUCAAGGGGAUUUCUAACGAGGAAAACUGCGUCGAACAAGAGGGGCACUGAUAGAAAAGUGAAAAACGACGAAGUGAAAGUCAAGCGAGAAGACGACGACAAUAACGACGAGAACAACGACGACGACCAGCUGCAUGUGGACAACAGUACACCCGCUUCGGGAGGAAGUCUCGCGUGGUCGGCCUUCACGGGCCUGGAAGUUGCGGACGAGGAGGGCUAUGAAUGGAUGGAAGAUGUUGUUGUGUAGCAAUAAGGAUGUUGGCGCUCUCGUCGUCCACUCGCAUGAUAAGUAGCGAAGCAUUUGAUAGCGAACUGAGACAACAUGAUAUCUCAGAUGAAUGACGUUGACGCCUCUGCAUUACUAGGUGAUAGGAUACUGAUACAACGUGCGAAUUUAGGUCAAGGAAGGAAAGACCCUAUGACUUGUUUAGCUUUGGUAUUCCGUUGCGCCGUGCGCGUCGGUCCUCGUAACGCCGUGCGGAAUCUUUUUUGAACAAUUCAAUACGCCCGCAAACAGUACAUUUUUUUUGUUUUUUGAAACUCAAUACACUUAAUAAAGUUGAUACAGAAACUGUGACGAUCAUGACGAUCCUGGCUAGGGCAAACAUUGCUAAAAAAUUUACACAUGCAGAUACACCAAACCACGUCCGCAUCAAAGCGCGAUGUUUGUAGAAAAUUAGAAAUUUAUAGGCGCGCAUAAGCAAAUUCAAUUCACAUGAACAAGGAAUACACCACUGGGAACUGAGUCCUCUGGCAGUAGCGGCAUUUGCACCGAAUACAGCAAUGAUUUUUUUCGAAGUUGUGGCACGACAUAGGUCGUGUCUGGCCGCUGCAUUUCUGGCCGCUGCUCUGGCUCUCUACUAGAGGUCAUCCGAAGGCCAGCUGCAUUGGCCCUUGUUGCAGUUCCACAGAUACCAAUAGCUUGUGUUUAAAUGAAGACUCUGUACAGUUUCUAUAAAUUGUUUUUUGUUUACUUCUGAACAAAUCGAAAUGGAAUAUCGAUAUUGCUGCAUCACGUUUCUUACUUUGUCUACGAAUCAAAAACUGUUUCGCAUGUCCACAUCCUCGAAGUGGUUGACGACUUCGCUCCACAGGAGCGGGUAGUUGAUGUUGUAUAGUGUACUUAUCACAAGUGAAAAUGUAUGAUUGGACUGUAUGAACAACGUCAAUCUUGCUCAAGCACUCCGUUCUUCCGCGACAAGGAAGACGUGGAAG